GUUACCGAGAUGCUCUGUUUUCGACUCCGAGCUCAAAUUAUGUUGUUGGUUGGCUGCUGACCGAGGUUUUGGGCAGAACAGGUGUAAGCCGGUGGAAGUGGGAGUGACGGGUAGAUUAAGGGGUAGAGGUGGCAGGGGGCCUGACAAAGCCCGGGGUCGCGAUCGUACAUAGAGAUGGUUGAGACAACUCAGUGAGAGACGUCAUGCAUCAUGUAGUGCAGCCCAUCACAUUAACUUCUGAGGGAAGCUUAUACACGUGCUUUGGCGAACGAUGGACCUAGUCUUGUAGUGCGUAAUGCAUGACAAUCCCACGCUGCAUCUGACUCCACGGGAUCUGGCAUGGCCCUAUACUAUUUAGCCUGAGUCACAAUACCAAGUACGAUGACUGGUUUACACCUUUCGACGCAAAGUCAUCGGCUGCUUAUUUGUGUGCCACUAAUCACUGGCUUAUUCUGGUCUGCAACACUGCUCGCCAUACUUCUUACCUGGCUUAUCUCUGGACGUCCCAAGUACGUCUCUCAAGAGGGAAAUGUUGCAUACAUUUCAGACGUUGCCGCAUCAUUCCUCAAACCACUAUUCAUUGUUGGUUGUUGCAUCACCGGAGUGGGCUUCAUGCUCUCUCUCGUGCUAGAACGUCUUCUACGGCACAGAGGCAGGCUCCCUCCCUCCAUGCGCAAAAAAGAGCGCGUGUUUGAGAUCCUUGCCAUCGCAGGAUCAAUCAUCGGAAUGUUGGGCCUCGGUUUCCUAUCUGGCUUCGAUACAAAACGCUACCACACCGCGCACUACGUAUGCCUGUUCUUCUUCGCCCUCGGUGUCAUUCUCUCUAUAAUUUUCACUGUGCUCGAGUAUCGCUGGUUAGUUCAAACCCAUCCUGACAUUAUAAAGCUUCGGUAUGCGUACUUGGUGAAGGCCGUCAUUGGAAGCGUACUUAUUGUUUUAGCUAUCGCCUUUGGUAUCGCGCUAUUUUACGCUUCGGAGGUCGGAGCAGUUCUAGAGUGGAUAAUUGGAUUCGGGUUCACUUUUUACCUACUCACAUUCGCAUAUGACCUAAGGGCUGCAAGAAUCACGCAGGAGAAGGAGGGAGAGGACAUGACAGAGAAGGGCCAGGCCUCGCUGAUCACGCAUCGCGGAUCAUAGGGAACCUCUCACUACAGGUGGCAUUCGGAACCGUUUGGUUGAUAUGUAGAAGGAUGCGAAUUUUUGCUCUUACAAGUUCCCGAAUUAG